AUGAAGAUAGAUAAUUCAUUGGGUGCUGCAGACUUUAAUAUUGAGAAUUCUAAUUUGGAGUUGGAUUGGAAACCUACAAAAGGAAUGGAGUUUGAUUCUGAACAAGCAGCUUAUGACUUCUACAAUAGAUAUGGAGGAAAAGAGGGGUUUAGUAUUAGAAGGGAGACUCAUGAUAAGAGGGAUUACAUGAUCAGAAAACCCAGAGAAGAGACAAGAACAGGUUGCGGUGCUGAACUUUGUAUUAAAUUGAAUAGGGGGAACAACAAGUUCUUUGUUACCCAUUUUGUUGAAGAGCACAAUCAUCCUCUUGUGGGGAAAGAAUGUUCCCACAUGCUACCUUCGCAACGGAAAGUACAAGACUCUCAAGGCAUUGAAAUAGACUUAGCACAUGAUUCUGGAAUUGGUGUGACUUUUCUAUAUGAGUUGAUGGGUAAGCAAGCAGGUGGAAGAGAUGUUGUUGGGUAUACAAAACAGGAUGUAAAAAACUACCUUCGAUCAAAGAGACAGAGAAGCUUGGAGUAUGGAGAAGCUGGAUAUAUCAUGAAAUAUUUUUCAGAUCAAACAAUGGAAAACCCUUCAUUCUAUCAUGCUAUGCAAUUAGAUAGUGAGGAGCAAAUAACAAACUUAUUUUGGGAAGAUGCUAAAAUGAUCAUUGAUUAUGGCCAAUUUGGGGAUGUUUUUAGUUUUGAUACAACAUAUAAGAUUAACAAAUCUAAUCGACCUCUUGCUGUGUUUGUCAGAUUCAAUCAUCACCGCGAGACUAUUAUAUUUGGGGUGGCUCUAAUGUAUUGA